GUGUGUGCCUUUAUCUGGACAUGCAAAAUAAAUAAUUAAAUAGUUACCCUCAAAAAAAGAGUAAAUCACACAUACAUAAAAAAUCAAAUAUGCAGAAUAUCUCAGAAUAUGCAGCUCAGUUCAGUGCAAAUGUGUAGUAUAUGUAAAUACAAACAAAGUGCUGCACAUGCAUGUCUCUUACUGUCUGCAGUGUCCACACUAUACACUAAAAUAUCACAGUAACUCGUAUUAUACCGAAUUUAUAUGUAAAAGCAGUUUAUUGAUUUUUUAAAUUAGGAAUUUACAUUUAUUGUUUUUUAUUUGGUGCAAUUCAAACUCUGACUGCUAGGUGGCAGCAGUUUUUAUCACCUUCAUUCUGACCAAACAGUGAGAUCUCACUGUGUGUCUUUGAAGCAUCUGGCCUAAGUUUUCUAAUUAACUUUAGUCUUAAAAUUGCAAACAUUGUAUUACGGUAUGUCGUAUCAUCUCCCUGUGUUGAUCUAUCAUUGGAUUCUUGCAAAUAAACACCCCUAGUCUGCACUGUUCAUACUAGAGGCUACUGGCAGUUACAUUAUAAUUAUAAAAAUGACCAAAUACUCAAAAAGAUCAGAAGAUCUGCGGUGUAAAUGUAGUCUGUGAAACACGUGGCCUCAAUGAGCCUCUGGUAAUAGCUUUAAAGUGCAAAACAAGCUAGCUUAAAACACAAACACGGCCACAGAACACUCACGCCUCCCAUCGGCUACAUCCCCAGGCCAUGUCAACCGGAUUCUGGAACCUGCGUUGCCAGAGGAAACAAAAGUGCGCUAAACACCAGUUUCUGUUCUUUAGGUCCAAACAUCUUCUGUUGUCUGACUUCAAAUGGUGUUUUUCUUUUUGGUACUCUGGUAGUUUGUCCUGAAGUUGAAGCGGUAGCAGCCGGCUGUUUCUCCUUCUCUGAUAUUAUUGAGCGGAGAACCUCUAACACCAGUGGUGCUCUGUUGCUAAAUACAUGAGUGCGUGAUGAGAGGAGGACCCAGGGAAGUGUGGAAGUGGGUGGUCUGGUGAGAAAGCCAUGUUAUUGGCUGAGGUUUUAGACAACCACUAUUAUUAUUAUUAUUAGUAUUAUUAUUAUUUUAUCUCUGCAAUAUCAGAUCAUAGCUAUACUAUGCUGUUAAGUGGCAAGAAAAAAUGUUUGAAGCUAAUUAGUUUUGUAUAUUUGCUAUUGAAGCUUUAACAUGUCCAAUAAAUUAAGUAAUUAGGUGUAAAUUGUUUUCUAUUAUGGCUUUGGGUGUUGCUGGAAUAAAUGCGUUUUCUUUUUUCUGGUCUUUAGUCCUUUCACUGAACAGUUAUGAUGAAGAAACAUAUGGGAACACACAUAAGAUGAGGAUAGAAAGAAAGACUCAGUCCAUUGAGUUCAUGCCCAAAUACAGCUCGAAGCAUGUGGUCCUGUGGAGACAGGAGGACCCUGAACCCAGUGAGGACAGCAGGAGGAAGAUGAUUGGCUACUACUAUCUGAUAUACAAUGUGACCCAGAGGGACAGUGGGAGCUACGUCUUGAGGGACAAAAAUGGGAUGUCUCUGUCAACAAAAACCAUCGAGGUCAUUGCUAAGACACAGGCCCUUGAGCUGAUCCCUGGUGAAAAACUCCGCUUCACUUCAGACCUGGAGUCGAACUCCUGCAACAUUUAUUUCAUCCCAGAAGGAGGUCGUGAGACGGAACUAGUUCAUCAGGGAAAACUGCUUCAGGGUUCGUCUUACUGCCCCGGGUUUGAGCUUCUAAAGCCCUGUGGGAUCUCAAACGAGGCUGUCCAGACGUCCUGCAAAGGACUGUUUGAAGUGAAGGAUCAUAACGGUGACACCUCCUUGGAGUUGUCGCUGAAAGUGGAAUCUUUGUGGUUUACCUCCUCUGCCUUCAUUCCCAUUGGAAGUGCUGUCGUCCUUUCUGUUUUGUUCUGGUGCAUGAAGAGCUGUUGCUGUGGAAACAGCUCCACAGCAAAGAACCCUUCAGAGCCUGAAGCUGCAGCUGAUGAUGAUGAUGGUGGACCUGCUGUUUAUUACCAGGAGUAUGACCACGAGCCUGUCGGAGGGAGGCCAACCCAUCCCACCAAGCCCACAGAGACUGCCUACCCGGUUCAGCCGAAUGAUGCGCCCACCAGCCUGCUGAUACACAAUCCUCCUACUAUGAAUCUACUUCCUGCUGAUUCAGAGGUUUCGGCUCCAGCAGAGCGGCUAGACCCACCAGCUGUUCCUCCAGGCUUGGACUACGAGCCUCGGUUCGAAGUGAAAGGGAUGAGCACAGAUUCCCUGCUGCACUCCGACUCUCCUCACUGUGAUGUUUACAACUCAGACAAACUCAACUUCCUCUGAAACACACACACACACACAGCGGUAGUGUGACAUUGAACUGCAUGGUGACACAGUUGGUUGUACUGGUAAUUUCUCUGAAACCCUUUUAUAGACAGCUUAUGGUAGCAACAUGGACAUUUAUUCAUGGACGGCAGCUCUGGUGGACAUUCCUGCAGUCAGCAUGGACCUUCUGCACCUGUGGCAUUGUGCACAAUGCCACAACUGCACAUUAAAGGGUGGCCUUUUAUUGUGGCCAGCCCAGGGCACACUGUGCAAUAGUCAUACUGUCUAAUCAGCACCACACCUGUGAGAUGGAUGGAUUAUCUCAUCAAGGGAGAAGUUCUCACUGACCCAAAUUUCAGACAGAUUUGGAGAGGAAGAGGCCUCUUGUGUACAUAGAAGUCUUAGAUCUUGAGUUUAGCUCGAAGACAGAAGUGCUCUGUUUAUAAUUUUGUAGACGUUUUUAAGGCAUACUUGGCAGUUUUGCUUGCUUUAGCAUCCCCUAGUUUCCAUUAUUAAUCCUCUCUUGUCAAACCAAAGCCCAUUUCCUCGCUUACUGUUGUCGUUUUAACUUUAAUUUAAUCUAACAGCUGAAAUGUCUCCCAGCCUUCCUUAAUGUCUACAGGAGUGAUUCGUCACUAAAUGAAACAAAUCAGCCGUGUUCAGGAUCCAAAACGUGCAGGAAACAUGAUGGGACCAGACUGCAGCGCCUGGUAUGUCAGCUCCAUUUUUUUCUAAGUCCCAACAGAGCUGCCGCCAGUCUGAAGUUGCAAAUGCGGUCUUCUGUUCAGGGAGAGCGGUGGGGGUUUGAGUGACCUUUCAUUAACCCUGUAAAGGGUCAUUUUGCACAUACUGGCUCAAGAAAAUGAUUCAGAAAUAUGAAAAAGUUACAAAGUAAGGCUUUAAGAUGCCCGUGGGACACUUUGGUUCAUUCUUUUCAGACACACAUUAGUUCUCUUGUCAGUUUUCUUCUCAAACAGGCCAAGCUGAGGGCAGACUCACUUACAUGAGUAAUGAACUGUUUCUACAUUCAAGUCAUCAGGUGGGGAGCUUUCAAGGAAAAGGGAUUCAUGCCACGUCUGCUUUAUUGUUAUUCUCACACCACCGCGGUUCCCAGCCAAGUCUCUCUGCCUGAUUCAGCCCACUUGUCUCACCUGCACUCCCCUCCUCAGUCAACUUCCUUGUGCUGGUAGAAAACCUGCUCUUGUUUUGUUUUAAAUUGUUGUCCUCAGAUUAUAGCUCAUGAAGGACCACUCGUUCCCACAGCAUCCUGUUAAUAAUUCCCAAUCCUGAUCAUGUUUUUAGAUGGUAGGUUUAUUAGACACAGACUAAAGAGGAGACAACUGUUGUCAUAGUUUCCUACUUACCCUGGUUUGGCUUUUUUGUUUUUAGAUUAGGUGGGCUACCUAAAUAUUUGCCUUUCAUGCUAAUUAGCUCAACCCCACACACAUGCAGUGUGUCCUCAGGUCCCUCGAGGUGUAAUGUGGACCCCCAAAUGAUGGCUCACCGACCUUCAGUGGUCCAGGGACCUCAUUUUGGAGACCACUGAUUUCUCCAAUUAACCUAAGUGUGUUUUUGUCUGUGGGAAGAAACCGUAGCACCCAGAAAAACCCACACAUGCACCAGGAGAACAUGCUAACUCUGUACAGGAAGACACUGCAGCCAGGAUUUGAACCUGUGACCUCGCCACCGCCAGGCAUCAGUUGUACCAAGUACGCCCCAUGCAGCACCAUUUUGUACCUUUUUAAACUCUAAACUGUGAACCAAAAACACGUUGUGUGUUAACUUAUGUAAACUGUGAUAUUUGUAUCUUUUGUAUAUUCAUUCUGUUUUUCAUCUGAUUGCAUUUUUAAGUUAUUUUUUAAACACAUGAAAGUUUUUUUUUUCUUUUUACCUUGCUGACAAUUUGGGUCACUCCUGCGAUCUUCAUCAGAGCUAGCCGCUAAUGGCGGCAUCACGCCCUUCUCCGUUUAUGGUGAGAUUUGUAGUUCUGUCAGCAGUAAGUCUUUAAUCUCAGACCGUCCACGCUGUGUUAGCUUCAGGGCACACGGACCAUACCUGACCUGAGCAAAGCCCCGUGUUUUUCUACUGUUUGUGAUGCUAGACGCGCCGGUCCUCGUACAUAACUAAUAGCAUUACAGCCAUUUGACCCCGCUUCAUAAGGGGUUAAAUCAGAGUUAGACGUUUUAAAACACUGUAAACAAUCAGCUUUUCAGGUGGAAACACUGACACUCAGACUGACCUGUAGUAGAUAUGAUCCCGCUACAGUCUGGUUGAAUUUUAUAAAGAACACAAACCAGAGUGGAGCAGCGGGUCUGCCCGACCAGGAUUUGGCGUCUAUCUCCUGAGUGACCAAACACUUCUGACUGAGAAGAUGUAAUUCUUCUCCUGACCCUUUAAGUUUUUUCCUGACCGGUGUGUCACUUUUCUAUAUUUAGCAAAGGGUUUAAGCUGUUUUAGUUCCCUUGAUAAUCAAAGCUUACUGCAAAGAUCAGAUUUCUCCUUUGGGACUUUAUAAUGUUGCUGUGAUGGGGUUGGGAUGGAUGUUCAAAACAGUUUGCUUGCUGUUGUACAUAAAACCAUCAGAUCCGCUCGUCACGUGAUUGCUGCUUAGGUGGAAUAAUGGAAUCAUGUUGUUGCUCUCGUCUCUCUCCAGUUGGGCUGUAUCUGGUUUAUAUGAAGGAUUUUACACACUGGAAGCCCGUGGCAUUAAAAUGACUCCAUACCUCUUUGCUGGAGUCCUGUUGACACGGUGCCAUAAGUGCAAUAAUGUAAAGGUCAGAUCAUGUCGGUUAUACAUUUGCAACAUUUCUACACACACACACACACACACACACACACGCACACGCAUGUGCACACAUGUUUUAGUGUUUUGAGUGCAUGACCCUGUACUGUUGUGUAAAUGUGUCUUUAAUAAUAUCUUAUUAUAAAGUGUUGAGUAUUUAAAACACGUGUCUGUGUAUUUAUACUUUUUGUCAGGUUAAAUAAAGCCAUUCCUACAAUGA